AUUACACCCAUAACCACCCUAAUUAUAUUAUUCAGCCUACUCCUUGGAACGACACUCACCCUAACCAGCUCCCACUGACUACUAAUAUGAAUAGGACUUGAAGUAAGCACCCUUGCCAUCAUCCCCCUUCUUACUUACACCAAUCACCCACGAUCCAUUGAAUCAGCAAUUAAAUAUUUUUUAACACAAGCAACAGCAUCCAUACUACUCAUAUUCGCAGCAUCACUCAAUACUUGAAUAACUGGACAUUGAACUCUAAUACAAAUUGACAACACAAUCUCAUCAGGCAUUAUAACUUUUGCCCUAGCUAUGAAAUUAGGCCUAGCCCCAUUUCACUAUUGAGUUCCCGAAGUUCUCCAAGGCUCAUCCCUCAUGUCAGGAAUAAUUCUACUAACAUGACAAAAACUAGCACCAAUCUCAAUUAUCUACCAAAUCUCCCCUACCCUUAAUAUAGAUAUUUUAUUGACCCUAGCAAUUUCAUCAACACUAUUAGGAGGAUGGAACGGUCUCAACCAAACCCAACUACGAAAAGUCAUAGCCUACUCAUCAAUUGCUCACAUAGGUUGAAUAGUCCUUAUUAUUAUUUAUUUCCCAACAUUAACAACCCUUAACUUAACUCUUUAUAUUAUGUCAACAGUAGCCUUAUUCACAGUAUUCCACACCACUAAUAUCACUAAAACCAAACCCCUCUCCCUUAUAUGAAAUAAAGCACCAAUCAUAACCUUAGCAAUCAUCCUCCUACUUUUAUCACUAGGAGGACUGCCUCCACUUACAGGAUUUGCCCCAAAAUGAUUAGUAAUCCAAGAAUUAAUCAAACAUGACAACAUAAUUAUAGCCACUGUCCUAGCUAUCACGGCCCUUCUCAACUUAUUCUUCUACAUACGAAUUAUCUACUCGUCAACACUAACAACAUUCCCUACUACUAAUAACAACAAAUUCCAUUGAUAUAGUAAAUCAACAAAGAAUCCUUUAUCUCUCCCAACUCUGGUCAUUUUAUCAACAACCCUUUUGCCUCUUACACCCAUAUUCAUUACAUUGAGCUAA